CGAGGGCAAGGCCAUGGGUCUGCCCCUGCUGCUGCCCCUGCUGCCCCUGCUGCUGCCGCCGGCGUCUCCGCAGCCUGGUUACUGGGCAGAACCCAGUCCAAAGUAUGGCUAUGGGAUGAAACAGCCAAGCAACCUCUCAGCCCCCGAGGGUGGCUCCAUCCACAUCCCCUUCUCCUUCUAUCAUCCCUGGAAAUUAGCCAAGAAUCCCAAUGUGAGAAUAUCCUGGAGAUGGAAACAGUUCCAUGGGGAGUUCAUCUACAAAACAGCCCCGCGCUUCAUCCAUAAGGAUUUCAAGGACCGGCUCUUCCUGAACUGGUCAGAGGGUAGGAAGAAUGGUUACCUCCAGAUCUCAAACCUGCGGAGGGAGGAUGAGUCCACAUACUUCUGCCGGGUGGAGCUGCGCACAGAGAGAGGCAAAGAGGAAAUGUGGCAGUCCAUUGAGGGGACCAAACUCACCAUCACCCACAACAACAACCUGGCCCCCCACCCCCCCCCCCCCCCCACCACCACCACCACCACCACCACCACCACCACAGCUGAGGUCUCAAAGGACAAAAAGAGUUCAUGGUCUUGGCCUCUGAGUACAGAAGCUGCAGUCGGCUUGGGACUGGCUAUCGCUGUGCUCGUAACUGCAAUUUUGGGACUGAUUGUGUACCUCAGGUGGAAGAGAAGCAAAGGUCUGCAGACUAAAGCCAGAACCCCAGCCAGGGGAUCCUUCCAAAACCCAGAGGAGAAAUACGAGAACUCUGGGAAUAAAGGACAACCUACAGAAUCCCAGCUGGACGCCAAGGAUGAUGGCAUCUUCUAUGCCUCCCUCGCCCUCUCCAGCUUGACCUCACCAGCAGCGCCUCCCCACCCCGCUCCACAUGGGGGCCCCCAGGAAGAGACCUUAUACUCUGUCUUAAAGACCUAAAGGGUGGGACUGAGUGAGGACCUCCUUAGAGUUGGCUGCGCACAAGGAUCUCAGUUUCCCACAAUCACUCCGGCCAGACACAGACGACUCAGAAGCCAGCAG